AAGAUAAUUUAGAAAUAGAAAGUGAUUCAGAAUUAGUAGUUGCUAGAUUAGAAUCAAAAAAUAAAAGACAUGUUAGCAAUAAAAUUGAAUCAAGUAGUAAAGAUAAUUCAACUAAUGAUACUUUUACUAAUAUUAAUAGUGAAUUAAUAGAUAGUAAUAAGAGUGAUAAUUACAAUAAUAAUAAAUUAGUAAAUAGCAAUGAGAGUGAUGAUAAUGAUAAUGAUGAAUUAGUAAAUAGUAAUGAGAGUAACAAUGAUAAUGAUGAAUUAGUAAAUAGUAAUGAGAGUGAUGAUGAUUUUAAUGUAUUUGUAAAUAGUAAUGAAAGUGAUGAUGACUUUAAUGAAUCUGUGAAUAAUAAUGAAAGCGAUAAAUUAGUGGAUA